AAUGUGCAGUCACCCGCACGCACACGGCUGUUGUAUAUAGUGCUCCCAUGUCCACCCCUCCAGAUGCCGGACGAGGCUCUUGCACCUGUCCCUCUCCCCGAUGACGUCCAUGACGUCCAUGGUUAAGAUACGGCCGAGUGCGAAAGCGCUGCGGUCGACGGUGGCGCGUGGCGAAUGUGCAGUGAGGCAGUCACGACGCGCGCUGCCGUCGCGACGAGGCAUUGCGACAGACGCGGCGGUACGGGAACCCGGCGUCGAGCAGCUCCCUGGCGGCGUCCCUCCGGUGGUGUCGUCAGGCGACGGGCGGGGACGUAGAGAGGCCAUCAAGACGGCCAAGCCCUUCUCGGACUUUUUGACAGACACAUACCAGCGGCAGCACGACUAUCUGCGCAUCAGCAUCACGGAGCGGUGCAACCUGCGAUGCCUGUACUGCAUGCCCGAAGAGGGCAUUCCGCUGUCGCCGGCGGCCCACAUGCUCACGACGCCCGAGAUCUUCUAUCUGUCGUCGCUGUUUGUGUCGCAGGGCGUGACCAAGAUCCGGCUGACGGGCGGCGAGCCUACGAUCCGGCGCGACAUUGUGCCGCUGAUGCAGCAGAUUGGCAGCCUGCGCGCCCAAGGUCUGCGUGAACUCGCCCUCACGACCAACGGCAUCGCCCUGCACCGCAAGCUGGACGCCAUGGUCGAGGCGGGGCUCACGGGCGUCAACCUCAGCCUCGACACGCUCGACCCCUUCCAGUUCCAGAUCAUGACGCGCCGCAACGGCUUCGACGCCGUCGUCAAGUCCAUCGACCGCAUCCUCGAGAUGAACCGCCUCGGCGCCGGCGUCAAGCUCAAGGUCAACUGCGUCGUCAUGCGCGGCCUCAACGAGCGCGAGAUCAUCCCCUUCGUCGAGCUGGGUCGCGAGAAGGACAUCGAGGUGCGCUUCAUCGAGUACAUGCCCUUUGGCGGCAACAAGUGGAGCGAGGGCAAGAUGAUCAGCUUCCAGGAGAUGCUCGACGUCAUCCGCACAAAGUACCCCGCCCUCGCCCGCCUGCCCGGCCACAAGAACGACACGAGCAAGACGUACGCCGUGCCGGGCUUUGUCGGCAAGGUCGGCUUCAUCUCGAGCAUGACAAACGACUUCUGCGGCACGUGCAACCGCCUGCGCAUCACCAGCGACGGCAACCUCAAGGUGUGUCUGCAUGGCAACGACGAGGUCUCGCUGCGAGACCUGCUGCGCAAGGACAACGGCGGCGAGCCAAUCGACGAGCAAGCUUUCCAACGCAUCAAGCAGAUGGAGAUGGACCGACGCGACGGCCGACUAAGCGACAAGACAACCCUCGGCUGGGGUCCACGCGAGCGCGAGCUCCUGCAAGUCAUUGGCGGCGCCGUGAAGAGGAAAGCCGAGAAGCACGCCGACAUGGGCGAUCUGGCGAACAUGCAGAACAGACCCAUGAUACUAAUUGAUCGAAGAGCCCAGCCAGACACCCUUGGCCCGUACCCGCAUACUUCACGUUGCCGCAGGAGCAUUGCUCGGCCCAAGUCCAGUGUCCUACUGUCUUCGCGCCCAUUUCUCAAUCACCAUUCAGCAUUCGAAGGUGCCUCUGCUCGUGCUUUCUCGACAAGCCCGGUUAUCCGUACCCAAUCGCUCCCCGACGAAACAUCUCGGAGCGACAAUACCGCAGCUCCAUCUGCACAUGCCAACACACAACCGACGUCAAGUCGUCCAGAAACAGGCAACGCGAAGGCUUCUCAACCCCAGACCAGCUCCCAUCUAUCCCUCUCCCCCAGCCUUGAGGCCGUACGCGAAAAAUAUCAACUGACAGGCCAAGAGUGGGACCCUUAUUGGCUCAUGGUGCGCGGGUCAACGAGAGGAGGCGGCCGCACCGUAGUCAAGAAACUCGAUUUUAGAGCUCACGGGCUGCUACGCAAUAUACAAGAGAUAGCUGGGCGCAAGCAUCCGGUUCCUAGCCACAACGAGUUGAUGCGAGAAGCACGCCAUCUACGCGAGAAGGUGGUGGAGAGCGUGAGCCAGUACAGUACGAAGGCGAAUGUGAGAAAUGUCAUGGCUUUGAUGGGAGAGAUGAGGGCCAACCAUACAACAUCCCGACUAUACUCAAGUGAACAGGAGGAACAACUAAUAAAACUUCAUCAGGAAAAAGAGGACCUUGAGGGAAAAAAGCUGAAACUAAUGGAGCUUCUUGGCAACGAGGAAGAGGUGGACCCUUGGGCUCAAUCUCCUUCGAAGUUGGGAAAUCCUCAACAGCGUCGUGACGCUCUUCUCAAAAAGAGUACCGUUGUAAUACAACCCCUUGAAGCUUUCAAGGUCUCUAAGCCGGGUUAUACUCUUUACGAUCCUAAUGCCCAUAUCAACAAUCAUAGUGAAGAGACUCAAAUUUCACCGGAAUUGGAUGACACUCCGAAACAUAACACUGCCGUAAGAGCAACGCCAGUGGGCAUAUCCUACCGCCCAUUGAGCGAGAAUCUACGUCUCAGCGUACCGUCCUCCAAUACAAUCAAAGUCGAUGAUGAUCUCACCGUCAACUUCGAAGCAGACGUCCCCGAUUUGCAGCGUCAAAUUUUCCAGCUGCAAGAGCGUCUAAAAUCUGUAUACCCCCGAAUCGAUGCCCUUCCCUACGAUGUAUGGAGUUCGACCAAACACAAUACACUGCGCACAUGGCUCAAGAUCUUGAUAAGCAGGUGGCAGACGCGGUUUGAUGAUGCCAUGAAUGAAGGAGUGGUCGUCGAUGAGCAGGUCAAAAAAGUUCUCGAUGAUAUGGUGCGUAAUCACGACUUGAGUAACGCGGCGGCUGAAAGAAUGGCCAUGCGGUGGAACGAAGUGUUCAACCGCAGACAAGGCUCGUCAAGUCACGCGACGGAGGCAAUUGAUUGGGAAGAAUACGAAGCUGGAGGCCUGGGAUUCUUGAUGGAUGGGAAUGAAAUGGAGGUAGAUGAUGAAGUUGUGACGCGGGUGGAUGGGCGGAUCAGCUGGCGUUACACUUUGUUUGCUAAGCAGCAAAAGUCACGCAAACCCAAACAAUUCUACACUCUACCCCGGCACUACUCGACAUCCACACGCACAUCACCCGACCAUGAAAUGGUUACCAUACCCGGAAAAACGGCCUCACCCUCACCCUCCCCACCAACGCCUACGUUCCCCCACCUAACUCCCACGGGCUCUGCACACAUGGUUUCCGUCUCCUCCAAACCACACACAACCCGCACCGCUAUCGCAGUUGGCACAGUAUACUUCUCGAACCCGACCCCACUGUCUCUCAUCCGGAGCAACUCGCUCAAAAAAGGUGACGUGCUGAGCGUGUCUCGCAUUGCAGGUAUCAUGGCUGCAAAGAAAUGUCCAGAUCUGAUUCCCUUGUGCCAUCCAAUCGCUCUCACACACGUUGGUGUUGAGCUCCGUGCGUUUGCAUCAGAGGGGAAGGUUGGAAAUGACAUGGGUUGUGGUGGGGUGCAAGUAGAAGCAAAGGUUCAAUGCACAGGCCCCACGGGUGUCGAAAUGGAGGCUCUGACGAGUGUCAUGGGUACUACACUUAGCAUCGUGGAUAUGUGCAAGGCAGUAGACAAGUUCCAGACGAUCCAGGACGUGAGAGUUGUGUUGAAGGAGGGUGGGAAGAGCGGGGUUUGGAGAGAGGAAGGGUGGAAGAGUUGGCAGAGCUAGAAGAUCUGGAAGUCUGAAAAAGAGGAAGACAAUGUAAGAUAUGUGUUAGUGUAUCUAUGUACCAGCGUCGUAGUCUUGGUAGACAAGCUCAAUGGUAACUCCCGUCU